AUGCUCGUUUCGUUCGAUAAUUUUCGUCAGGACAUUACGGCCGACUGUUCCACGUGCGCUGCCUCGGGCGACAGAGAACUGUCUGCAGUGAGAGCGUGGCGCAACGAGCCAUGGGUGCCGACUCAGGGGAAACGCGUAGUCGACCGCGAGUUAUUGUUCCAGAUCUUACUUGUUGAGAACGUGUCGAAGCCGAAGCAGGCGCAGUUGGACGCGAUAAGGGCGAAGCUGGACCCACGUAACCAGCGGGUGGACACGCUGCGCGGGGGCAGUACCCCGCGCAGGCAAGCAGUGGUGACGCAGGUCGACUUGGACAACGAUGACGUGGGCAGGGGGGCCCCCGCCCUGGGUACUGCUGCAGGUGCUAAUAACAAUAAAAGUGUGUUCAAGUUCACCCUACAGGACAAGUCAGGUGCGGUGUUCUUCGGUAUCAACCGCACGCCGCUACUCCACCACAAUUCGUGGAUUCUGGGCGCCAAGCUUAUUUUGAAGCCGGGGACAAUAGUCAACAAUGACGUGUUCCUAUUCCAAAAGGAACAAGCGGUGUUCCUCGGAGGUAUCGAUCGAGUCUGGAAUGAGAACAAUGACUUAAAGAUGAGAGACUACUUGGAGUACAAAUUAAACCGAGAUAAUUGUUCCGCUGCGGGGAACAAGAAGAAGAGGAAGUUUACCUCCAUACAAUAG